AUGGCGAGCGCAGCUAGGGCGAGCGCGGCCAGGGGCGGCCAAGGUCGCCGGGGCGGGCGCACGGCCGGUGCUCGCCAGCCAGGGCGACCGCGGCCAGGGGUCACCGGGGCGGGCGUGCGGCCGGUGCUCGCCGGCCAAGGCGAGCGCGGCCGGGGCUCACUCGCCGAGACGCACAGGGCUCGCCAGGGCGGGCGCGCGCCCAGUGCGCGCCGGACAGGGCUCGCACGGCCAGGACGACCGCCGCGGGCGCGCGGCCAGAUCUCCCGCGGCCAGGGCUUCCGCGACGCACAAGGAAGACGGCCGGAGCGAGCGCGGCCAGGGCUCGACGGGGCAGGCGCGCGGCCGGGACUCGCUGGCCAGGGCGAGUGUGGCCAGGGCUCGCUGGCCAGGGCGCACGGCCAGGGCUCCCCAGGCCGGCUGGCCGGCCAGAGCUCGCCGCGGUGCGCGGCCAGGGCUUGCCGGGGCGCGCGGCCGAGGCUCGCCGGGGUGGCCGGGGCGAGCGGUCAGGGGCUCGCCGGAGCAGCCGGGACGCGACGCCAGAGCGCGGCCAGGGCACGACGCCGGAACGCGGACAGGGGUGCCACGAAGGAUCUGCUGCAACCGGCGUAG